UCACCUAACAACCAGAGAGGCGCCUCGGCUCUUUGGAGUGAGAGUGGGAGACACUUGGGGGGACACAGCUGUGUUCUUUUGAAGGCAUUAGACAGGCAGCUGUUUCCACCAGAAAAAAACUCCUGAGAUUUAAGGAAAUAACAAAUAUUAAGUAUAGAUCCAAUAUGAGGUUGGAAGGGCAUCAACAGACCUGAUUUGUCUGCUUUAAAAACUGUCCUCAGGUAUAAUUUUCUAUUCAUCAUUAGAAUAAUGUGUUAACAUUUCAGGUCUCAGCCCAUCUGUGAAAGAAGUCAAUCAAGUUAGGCCCCGAGAACUCUUGUGUCAGCUGUGGAGAGGGAAACCGACAGACCAUGAACCCGACCCUCAAAUCCGCAGCAUCUUCUCUUUACUCGGAGGGCAAAGGCAGCCACAUGAUGACGAGGAACGAAAGCUGCUUCCUAGUCAGGCACACGCCUCAUCCCAGAAGAGUCUGCCACAUCAAAGGUUUGAACAACAUCCCAAUCUGCACUGUGAAUGAUGAUGAGGUCCCAUUUAGAAUGCUGAGUGGCCCUGGACCCUUUAGCCUCUUAGAGAGGAACGAGACACCUUUAGCCAAAUCCAGUAACCCACCACCAACCGCAGCCCUGGAGAGGCCACCCCGAGAGCUGUCACCGGUCCGAAACAAAGUUCCCUCGAGACCUCAGUCUGAGCCAUGUAGAAAUGUCAGUGAAUGCUUCAAGACUUCCCGCGAGAAUCCCUUAGUUAUUAAGAAGGAUGAAUUGAAAGCCCAAAAGCCACUAGUGCCUCCAAGGAUCAGCUCUGUUGCUGGCUCCCAGUCCUCAAAAGUGAUGAACACCAAGACUGAUGGGAAUGAAAACACUGUGUGCAUACCAAACUAUCUGGAUCAGGAGAUAAAAAUCCUGGCAAAGCUCUGUGACAUUUUACAUACCGAUUCGCUGGCAGAAGUCCUGCAAUGGCUGCUUCAUGCACGUACCAAAGAAAAGGAGUGGGUGUCGGCUUUGGUUCAUUCUGAACUAGCCGAGAUUAACCUGUUGACUCGUCACAGAAGAACUACCCCAGCAGAACUGGCAUCAGAGCCCAGGAAGCUGCCCGGAGCUGCAACGCCCACCACAACCAAAUCGAUACAAACUUCACCUGCAAAAUCCAAAGUGCUGACCAGAGCAAGAGAAGGAUAUCAGCCACCCAGAACGUCAAGCCAAGGAUCCGAAGGCAAUAAGGCGGUAUCACAAGGGGCUGAGACUCCAUUGCUCAUAAGAAAAAACGAGAUGAAGAUACCUGUUACAGAAUAUUUCAGCAAACCGAAGUCUCCUCUCAGGCUCAACACUUGGGACAGUGGGUCAACAAAACCAAUGUCAGCAGGGAGUGUGCAAGCAUACAGUCCUCAAGGAGCGGGCUACCCUUUCACACACCAAAGAUAGAAAUGAACGCUGGCCAGUUCUUUCGCAAAGAUGAGCUUCACACUGACAGCACAUCAAAAAUACUUUUAAAAAUAACCAAUAUGGUCCUGUAUGUGGUGGCACAUGUAAGUCCCGAAACCACGUUGUAUAUAAUGCUAGAAAUAAAUAUUAAUGAAGACA